CAUGUCAGCUGCGGGCGAGCGCGAGGGCUUGGCGGUGCUGGAGAUGCUGGUGGAGUGGGCGUGGCUGGCGCCGCCGGCGCCCCUCCCCCCUCAGCCGGCUGUGGCGCUGCGCCUGCUCGACUUCCCCACGCUGUUGGUGCUCCCGGGUGGCCGCAGGUUCGAGGCCCCGGGUCGGCGCGUCCCCUUCGGGCGGGGCAAGGCCUGCGUGCUGCCGGGGCUGCCGGGCCCGGCCCCACUCCACGCGCUGCUGUUGGCCCUGCCCACCCAGGGGCCCGGCCCCGCUCGCCUGCUGGGCACUGCUCGUAUCCCGCUCGGGCCGGGCCCCGGGGGUGCCCGGGGCUGCUUCGCGCUGCGGGGCCUCCGGGGCGAGCACGUGGGGGAGUUAACACUGGCCUAUCAACUCCGCAGCCUGGGGCGGGAUCCUGCAGCGCUUAGCCCCGCACUGGGGUCUCCUCACAGAGCUGCCUCGGCACCCUGUGUUGUGCUGCGGGGCAAGGAAGGAGCUGCGGAGGUGGACAAGGAGCCUGGUGAUCUCUGCCCCCUGCCGCAGGGCGAGGAAGGAGCUGCGGAGCUGGACAAGGAGACUGGUGAUUACUGUCCCCUGCCGCAGAGCGAGGAAGGAGCUGCGGAGCUGGACGAGGAGGCCGGCAUUUUCUGCCCCCCACCACUGUACUACAACGCCGAUCCCCGGCGCACUGCACCUGUCAGGCCCGUGCCAGCCCCAAAGGAGCGGGAGAAGGAGCUAAGGAGUCCCCUGGCCUCCCGAGCAGUGCCUGGUGCCACCUCGUUGGGGAGCCCCCCAGUGCCGAACAUCACCCCGCAGCCACCCAGUGCAGCCCACCAGUUGCGUGAGGCCCUGAGGCAGCUGCCGCUGGUCAAUGCUCUGCUGGCAGAGCUGUCGCUGCUGAGUGGCGAGCCGGGGCCUGGCACCAUUCACCCCCAGUUGGCCUGGCUCUAUCGAGAAGCAGGAGCAAACGGAGAGCCCUUGCGGCCUUCCCUCGAGAGCAAGUCGCCAGCAGGGGAGGUGAAGGAAAAACAUCCUCAGCCCAGUGCAAACAGCAGAUCAUCUAGCCUGAGGUUCAGAAGAAGCUGGCAGAGGUCUUCCCAGUUGGGUGCUCCUUCUUCCUGGCGGCAGAAUUGCAAGGAAGCUCCACUGGCAAGGCAGGCUGCCUCUGAGAGAAACAGCGGAAGGAAAGAAAACACACCUCCGCGAAGGAAACUUUUUUACGGGCUGACAAAUACGCUGAGACUGCGGUUGCAGCAAACCAAUCCUGAUAUGUUGGUCAUUCAUGAAAGGAGAGAGGAGUAUAGAAAAAAACAAGUGGAGGCACUGAGGGAGAAGAGGGGGAAGGGCCCUGGAUCCAAAGGAAAAAUGUUCAGAAACUCAGCAGAACAACACGUAUUUUACGAGCAUCCUGAAAGGGCAGCGGUUUCAAAAAGAAAUAGGCUUGAUGAAAAUACUCGGACUUUAAUGCAAAGCAACCUUGAAAACAAUUAUGAACCCACAGGAAAAGGACACUUUUCUGACCUACAGGAGCAUGAUCUUGAUAGUAGUUUGAAAAAUAGUGAUGGAAAUGCAAGAGAAGGUGGUUCAUCUGAAGAAAAUGGGGACUCUUCACUGAAAGGAACCACACUGCAAUCCAGUUACAAAGAAAAAGAUGUACAAGUCCACCUGCCAAGAGCUUUCAUGCAUCAUACUGAUGCAGGAGAAGAUAAAGUAGGUGAAAAAACAAAACAUUUUAGCAUAGGCCAGGCCACAGAGGAGGACUUUGCUGCUUUCGUAUUAGGUGAUGAUCAUAAACCAAACCCAAACAGGAGUUUUGAAAGUAUCUCUGAAUUCAAAUAUUCAGAAGACUUUGUAACCAGUCCUGAGAACACCAUCUAUUCAGAAGAUUUCACCAAUGCUGAUUAUACUGCAAGAGGAUCAGAAGCUUUUGAGAGUAGCCCAGAGCCUGUAUUACUAAGCCCAAGGCAAACUUGCUCAGAAGUGGAUUCAGAAUCAAACAAAUCAAGAAUAUCUGGGGAAAGUCUGAGGAUGGAGAGCAGGUCAGCUCAUGUCCCAGUUCCCUCAACUGCAUCACCAGUCCACUCUUUUAAGAGACCCUACCAUUUAAAAAACAGAAAAGAAAGCAGAGUUGCAGUUGGGAGUUUAUCUAGCAACCUUUCCAGUCCCGCAGAGUCAUUACAUGAGCAGCAGUCAUCCCUACAGUACAAGGAAGAAGGCAGCAAGAGUGAUCGAACUCUCCGAGAAUCCUUGACGAUGAAAGGUAAACAAGGUCGUUCUGAUAAGACCUGCAAUGUAGGAAAGGGUCAGACCUCUUCAGAAAAGAGCCAGUCACUAAAGACAUCUCAAGUUAGUUCUUACCUGCCAUCCAAUGUGUAUGACUUUGAACUUAGUGCAUUGGAAAACAGUACAUCAGACGAAGAAGAGAAUGAUGAUUUGGGAACGUUAAGUAUUACUAAUCAAUGUAAACACAUCAGUGAGCUAGUAGUAAACAAGCUUCCUGGAUACACAAUGUGAUUACCAUUAGAUGGUCUGCUGGUCAAAAUGAUGUUAAAUCAUCGUUUCUGUAAACACUGGCAAUUUAAAACUACCGUACAGCACUGGCAUUUUAUAUGAAUUUAAUAAAAUACUGCUUGAGCUCUGUAAGAACAUUGCAAUGAAAUGGUGCAUAUAACAUGUCAAUGUUAUGAAUCCAAUUAAAAAAAUAAAUAAAGCAGCUGAACUAUUAUUUAUUUUUGAUUGUAGAAAUUAAGAUAGAAGCAGUGAGCGUUCCUGGAUUAUCUAAAAACUUUGUUUCAGGAGGAAGUAACGUGGUGGCAUGCAGCUGGUGUGUGUACAGAAUGUAUUUAACUACUGUUAAAAUGUAGCAGUUCAUGAACUAGAAUUCACCCUCUCCACAAAAAUGUCUUGUAUGUUUCCAGGAAAUAAUGUAGGGAUCCAAAUGCAGCACAACCUGUAAUUAGUUGUGACAGGCCACAAGCAUUAGCAGCCAGAAGGAACCCUUUAUCUGGUCUGUGUAGUACAGGCAAUAUUACUUGAUCCAGUGGUUCUAGUCAUCUGUGAACUGAAGCACUGUGUGUCAACCUUUUCAGGUUAGCAAUUCCUUAAAGUCAAAUUCUUAACCAUCUCUUUACAUUUACUCUAAAAUAGUAACAAAUGUUAUGGACAGCAAUAAACAUAAUUUUUCUGUGCUGGUUGAGAGAGAGAGAGAAUACUUGACCUUGAAGGGUAUAGGUGCCGAUGAGUUUUAAUAAAUUUUUAACGCCUCACAACCCCUUGAUUGCAUUUUGAGAUGCUGCCCCUUAAAGGUCAUGACCUGCUAGUUGAGAAACACUGGACUGACAUGUACAUUUCAGAAAGACAUCAGAUCAUGAUUUAAAGAUUCCAAAUGAUGGAAAAUUUAGCACAUCCCUUUGUAAUCUGUUCCAGUGAUUAGCUGUCUUCAUUGUUAAAUGUAUACUUCAUUUUCAGUUUGAAUUUGUUUUAUUUUUCCCCCUUUUGACUUUC